CCAAACCCAUGGGUUCAGAGCAGCAGCUGAUGGAGACCGCCAAGGUCGACCUCCGCGGACUGGAGCCUGGCGGGCCAGGCUGGGGGGAAGCUCGGGACGCGGUGACCGCGUCCAUGCUGGCGCACGGCUUCGUCGUCGUCGCGCACGGCGCGCUCGGCCCGGAGCUCCGGCAGGCGCUGUUCGGCCGCGCCAUGCCGGAGAUCUUCGCGCUCCCGGUGGAGGCCAAGCAGCGGAACGUCUCCGCCGUGGGGCCGUUCACGGGAUACAUCUCGAACAUCCCCGGCAUGAACUGGGAGAGCCUGUGCCUCUCCGACGUCACCGACGCCGACCGCGUCCGUGACUUCGCCGACCUCCUCUGGCCGCAGGCGAACCCUGCCUUCUGCGACACAGUUGUGUCGGCAGCCAAGAACGUGUUUGAACUCCAGCGGACGGUGGAGAAGAUGGUCCUGGAGGGCCUCGGCGUCCAGGAGGAGCGCAUCGACGCGCACUUCGCCGCGCUGGCCCACUCCGCCCGGCUGUCGCGCUACGGCGUCCCGCCCGAUUCGGAGACCUGCAUGUCCCUGCAGGCGCACUGCGACGACAGCGUGACCACCACGAUCGUGCAGCACGGGGUGGAAGGCCUGGAGGUGCAGGCCAAGGACGGGAGCUGGCUCGCCGUGCCGCCUGAUCCGGCAACGUUCACCUUCGUGGCCGGGGAGUUGUUGACGGUCGUGACCAACGGAAGGGUGCCGCCGUGCCUCCACCGUGUCAGGACGCCGAGCAACCGUGAGCGCCUGGCAGUGCUGUUCGUCUGCCGAGGGAAGGACGGCGUCGUACUGAGCGCGAUGGACGAGCUCGUGGACAAAGACCACCCUCUGGUGUACCGACCGUGUAAGAACGACGAGUAUACCAAGUUCCGGCACUCGGAAGAAGGGCGCAAAUUCAGUGAUCCACUGAAGACUUUCUGUGGUGUGGAGAAGGAUGGAUCACCCAUGGAAUGAUCGAGCCCACGAAUCAAUUUCACUUCGCCUCACCACUCUAGUGAGGUAGCCUGUUAGACGGGUAAUCAGCCAAGGAAAGGGCAUUUAUCUUUGAGUGUAAAGUUGGUCAAAACCUGCAGCCACAUUUAAGACACAAAUGUAUCCCAUUUAAGAAAUUUAAUCAGUGACACAAAGCACUUAUUUUACCAA